AUCCCGUAACUGGCACAGAGUUAGCCUGGGACCUAAAAGGCUCUAAGUUUCUUGAAAUGCCCUGAACUGACCAAACUGACUUUUUAUCCCAGUCAUACCAAUGUAUCAACAUUUAAAGCAGUUUUGACAAGUUUUUAUCAUAAAAAAAAAAAUUGAGAACAGUUCUCCUAACAAGCUUAAGAAAUCAGAAAGAAAGUAAAAUGAGAAGCAGCCUUGGUCACCCUGGAGUGGUUUGGUUUCUGCAGGUGUGGCUUUGAUCUAAGUGUCAAUAUUUACAGGUUGAUGUAAUAAAGUGGGUUAAACUGCUUUAUUCGCUGUCAUCCUGUGGACCUCAGUGAUAUGGCCGCUUCCAGCCAAUCGGUGACAAGCCCGCAAAGAUCAAAGAGGAGAUGAGCCAACCAUCUCUGCUCCAAACACCCAGCUCCUCUUCAGCCUAUAUAUUCAGGAGCUGUCCAUGAGGACCUGAGAUAACUGCUUGUCUUUGUGAAGACACGAGAAGAGGAAAGAGGUUCUGGUGCGGAUUUAGUUGUUUGUUUGUUUUUCCCAGUAAGACCUGUGAUUACAACUAUUCAGCCCUGGAGCUGUUGGACAGAAUGGCCUCAGGCGCCGGCGAGUGUCCCCGGAAGGUCAGUCAGUACCGAGUGGACCACCUCCUCAGUGCGGUGGAGAGUGAGCUGCAGGCCGGCAGCGAGAAGGGCGACCCCACGGAGAAGGAACUGAAAGUGUCCCUGGAUGAGAACGAGCUCUGGCAAAAAUUUAAGGAACUUACGAAUGAAAUGAUAGUUACAAAGAACGGCAGGCGCAUGUUUCCGGUGCUGAAAGUGAACGUGUCUGGUUUGGACCCGAACGCCAUGUAUUCUGUCCUGCUGGACUUCGUAUCCGCGGACAACCACAGGUGGAAAUAUGUGAACGGGGAGUGGGUCCCCGGUGGCAAACCUGAACCCCAGACUCCCAGCUGUGUGUACAUUCAUCCGGACUCUCCAAACUUCGGGGCGCACUGGAUGAAAGCUCCCGUCUCCUUUAGUAAAGUCAAACUCACCAAUAAACUCAACGGCGGCGGUCAGAUAAUGUUAAAUUCUUUACACAAGUACGAGCCACGCAUCCACAUAGUGCGGGUUGGAGGCCCGAGGAGGAUGAUCACCAGCCACUCUUUCCCAGAGACGCAGUUCAUUGCAGUAACGGCAUACCAAAACGAAGAGAUAACUGCUCUUAAAAUAAAGUACAACCCUUUUGCCAAGGCCUUCCUAGAUGCAAAGGAUAGAAGCGAUAACAAAGACAUAAGAGAAGAUCCCAGUGAAAACCAGCAGUCGACUUACUCUCAACUAGGUGGUUGGUUUAUUCCAGGCACAGGCCCUCUCUGCCCUCCCGCCAGUCCUCACAGCCAGUUUGGGAGCCCCAUCUCCCUCUCACCGUCCCACGGCUGUGAGCGCUACUCCACCCUGAGGAACCACCGCUCUGCCCCCUACGCCAAUCCAUACGGCCAUCGGACCAACUCUCCCAUCAGUUACUCCGAUAACUCAGCUGCCUGUCUGUCGAUGCUCUCAAGCCACGAUAACUGGUCCAGUCUACAGAUGCCAACACACCCCAGCAUGAUGCCCAUGGCCCACAAUUCCACCUCUGGUACCAACACUAGUCAGUACACCAGCCUGUGGUCUGUAAGUAACUCGCCCCUGACUCCUGUGUCCCAGAAUGGGGGGAUAAACAACGGCCUGAGCUCCCAGUUCCUUCGAGGGUCCAGCAGCCACUACCCCAGCCUGCCUCACUCAGUCACAGUGCCCUCCUCUGGCUCUCCCAUGUACGACAGCGGCACAGCCACAGAAGUGCAUGACGCAGCUCAGUACGACACCUCCCCACACGGGCAGCUACCUUCAGCCUGGACUCCUGUGACACCUCCAUCCCUCUGAUCAGAGAGAGACGGCCAUGAAAUGUUGUCUAGAGGAUGUUUAAUCUGCUGUGCCUUAAAGGAAGAAUCAACCGUAAAUUACAUCUUCACAAUACACUUCAUGAUUGAAGCAACAGAGACUCUCAGUUCUUGAACCAACCCUUUAAAAAUGUGUGGUAUCAAUGAAUUAUUUAGAAAUUCCAAAUGUUUUUAACAAAAGAUUUUGGGGUUGUUUUUUUCUUCAAGUUCAUCAAAUGUUUUUGUUCAACAGAGCAGGAAAAACAUAUAUGGUAAUGUUUGUGAACCAAAAUCCAUUUUAACCUGCUUAUAUUAAGCAUAACUCCAUGAUAUCCACAGCAGUAAGCCAAAAAUAAAUGUAUAGUUGAAAAACGUUAAAUGAUUUUAAACAUUGUUUAUAGUGUAAAUGAGAAACUAAUGGAGGUUUACCAUGUAAAUAGAUAAAAGAAGCUUUUUGUACCACAAUGACGCCGUUUGAGAUAUUAUGUUAUUUUAAAAAUAAAAUGAAAAGGGGGCUUCCAUGUCAAUACUCUGCUAUGCAGAUAAUACAUAACUAAGAAAUCAUGUUGACAUCUCUAAAAUGGCUGUUUUUGAGGCUAUCUACAUGACAUUAAAAACCUAAGUGUGCUUUA